CGUAACGUUUUUAUCAGUUAUGCAGCGCUCUUCCAAAAAUUUCGAAAAAUGAGUCGGCGACGAAGGCGAGCUGAUUUCAUAGAUUCGCUAAAUAGUUUUCAACAUUGUGAGACUGAUACGUUUUCUUCAAUGUCUCAAGACAGUUUGAAUGAAAUUCAAAGUAAAGAUAAAAGUAAUCAUACAUCUGAUAAUAUUACGUGCAGCAAUAAAGAUUCUCCUAUUUUAGCUGGCAGCUUUUCAAAACUUUCUUGUAUACAGAAUCCAUCAAUUAAUUCAUCUUCAACUAUACAUUCUACAUCAAAUUUAAAUAAGUGUAUUGACUUAUUUCAAGAUGAACAGUUAUGUGCUAAAGCGGAUAAUAAUAAAGAAAAUAAUAAUCCUCAGAAUGUUACAAAUAAUACAUCUAACAAAUUGUCAAGUACAAUGGAAAAGCAAACCACAGAUUUGCAUCCUAAGUUACAAUCCAAUGCAAUGUGCAAAAAUUUAAGAAGGGAUACCAAUUACAAUGUAAACAGUAAUAGAUUAAAUGCAAGUUCUAUUUCGAAUAAUGCAUCUAAUACAAAACUGAUACCGCCAUUUGUUUCUCCCCAUUGUACAGAUGGAAACAAACAGAAUUUUUCUAAAAAUUAUGAAGAUGAACAUGUGGAUAUUGAAACAAAAAAAUUUGAGACAAUGCUUUGUUUAUUAGAUAAUUACUUUAAUCAAGCACAAGAAGUUUCACAGACACAACAAGUAUUAAAACGUUUAUCUGAUAAAUUCGAACAAUCACCAAAAACUUUUACUGAAAAACUCUUAACUAUCAUUGAGGAGUCUGUCAUGUAUGAUGAUGAUGAUGCAAACAAAACGUCUGCAAUAAAUUUAAGCAGAUUAACAACAGAAUUUCGAAAAAUGUGUAAAUUUAUUGAAGAUGAAUCUGCUCCUGAAUGGCUUUCAUUUCAAAUGUCUACAUUUGCACACCCAGAAGCUUCUAUAAGCCCUGCGUGUAAUAGAUCUACUCACAUAACAAAUUGCAAAAAUGAAAAAUUAUGUUCUCCCAUAAAUACAUCUCUAUGUACUACUCCUGUCUCUGGUAUAGAUGUAAUUAAAAGAAGAUUCUUUGCUAAAAUAUCAAAAUGUAAUUCUAGUAAGAGUAUUAAUAAUGUAGAUAAUGUAAGUAGUACAUCUUUCGAACAUUUGGAAGAUCAGUGUAAUAGAUUAUUUCCUAAAGAAAAAGAAUGUUCUGCCCCUUCACAUAAAAUUUUGUCAUUGCCUUCUUUGUUAAGUAUGAGUCAUAUUCAAAAUAUAUGUGAGCAACAAAUGGCAUCAUUAAAUGUGUCUGAUGAUGUAAAUCCACCAAAAAAUAAAGCAUUAAGUACUCCAAAUUUAUUGGAUAUAUGUCAAAGUCCAUCUAUAAACAAAACAGACUUUAGUUGCUCGAAGUUAAAAGGAUUACACAAUAAAUCACAAGGUAAUCAGUGUAGUGAUAUCUCAUAUUCUAAGAAAAAAACUAAAAAAAUUAAUGAAAAGCCUGUUUUGAAUAUGGUGACACCUGAUAAGGUAAAUAGUUAUGCAAUACUAGAUCUAGAUGAAUUAGAUAAAUCACUUAUACAAGACAUAGCAGAAAAAAGGAAGAGAUGUCUUAAUACAGCAAGAAUUAUUACAGAAAUUAAUGCAGAUCCUGAAAUUAUACAGAUACAAAAAACAUUGAGAAUGUCUCCUAUGUUUGCUAAUGAUAGUGAAUCAAAUUCAUUGAAUGAUGAAACUAAAUUUUUACAAACUCUAAUCUCUUGUAAAGACUAUCAAAUCUGUUUAGAAAAACAUAAAUCUCUCUUGAAGAUACUUGAAAAUUCAAAUUCUUUUGUAAGUGAAAGUAGCUUAAAGAAAACUGAGGACGCUGAUCCAAAAUAUGAAAAAAAUAUAGUUUCUAAAAAAGAAACCAUAAAUAUUAAAAAGACAUCUAGUGGAACAAAAUUUAAUUCAAGUCCAAAUAUAAAAUCACCAUUGUUAAAGAAACAGGGCAUGGAAGAGAAAGAGAUACAACAAAGUGUAAAAACAAAACUUUUUACGACACCCGGAAAAUCUCCUUUAAAUAAGAAUUGUAAAAAGAAAAAAACAUAUUUUCCUGAUAUGAAUACUCCUGUACAGAAUACUAAAGUAAGACACAUUUUAAAAAGUCCACAUGCAGAAGGCUUAUAUCGCUUGAAUUAUAAUACUAUAAUGUCACCAGUUGGUAUGUAUAUAAGAGGCACAGAUAUGCAACUUAUAAAAAAUGUACAUGCUAAAACAGAUAAUUUAUUGCUUACUCCUGUGAAACAUAAUACUAAAUCAUUAUCAAAUACAAACUCAAAACAAAAUGCUUCGUCAAAAACUAUAAAUAAAACUCAAAAAACCACAACUCUCAAGAUUAAUUUAUCUCCUAGAAUGAAUACAAACGAACAAGAGGCACAUGUAAUAAAAACACCAGAGUGUGGUAAUACACCUACAAGUCAUUUUGUCCUUCCUAGGGUUUCAUAUAAACUUCCUUUACAAGUUAAAACAAUAAGGAAUAGUAAAUCGCCAAAACAUGGAAUUCGUGUCAAGAAAUUACUUGAAACUGCUCAAAGCAAAGUUGUUAUCCGACACGAAGCCCGGGUAAAUUCAGCGCAAAAAGGGAAGAACGCAGCAAGUAAUGGGAUGUAUGAAAUUAAUUAUGAACCUGAAGAUGAAUCCAUACAUGUUGAAGAAGCAGCCAGAAAAACGAAUUUUAUUAAUAAUUGGAGAAAUGCUUAAAUUCUAUUUAAAUAUUUGCAAUAAACUGAAUAUUUCAUAUUUUUAUUAUAAGUAACUUAAGCAUUGGUAAAAAGCAAUAAUAUUUAGUGAAGUACAUAUAAUUUUAUUUAAUUUAAUUCCAUAUUCUAAAAAAAUUCCUAAUGAACUUUACAACUUUUACUUCCUAUUAAAUAAAUAUUAAAUAUAUAGCAUAAAACGAGGUACAUACGAGUGAAAAUACAUAUUGCCUUAUUUAUGCUUUCUAAUAGACUUUCUAAUAGAUUUUGGGGAAAGAAUGGAAAGAAAUUUAGUUAUUCGUUAUUCUAAUAGUAAGUCAUUGCUCUAGUAUUUGCAUAAAGUUUGUAGAAUAAACUUUAAUUCAUUGUAGUAUCAGACUCUGGUAGUACUAAUGUUUUUAUCUCAUAAUGUAGUGUAACGUGCAAUAUUCAUUGGUUUCGUGCUGCACUAUAUCAGGGACGUAAAUUGUGUAUCAAUGUACCCCUAUGUAUCUAAAUUGUGUAUCUAAGUAAUUCUACUUAGUAGCAUUUAAAAUUAAAUAUAUACAGACAAUCGCAUUAAUUUCUAACAGUAGAAUUGCCAUAGUUUGAAGUUAUUUGUUCCUUUUAUUAAUUAAUUAUAAAAUGUGUAUUGCAAUAUUCUGCGAUAUAAUAUAUGAUGAAAAACCUUAAUGCAGAAAAUUAAACAAUUGCAUAUAAUUAUUAUCAUAUUAGAAAACUGUGACAGAUGUUGAUAUAAUAUAAAGAGUAUUUGAAAUUCCAUAAUUCUAAAUUUAAUGUAUGAAGCUAGUGUGAAUAAGUACGCUCCUGCUUUGCGCAUGGCACGCACGAUGCUAGUUGCACACGCCGUUAAGAUGCGUUAGUAUAAGAGGGCUUAUGGUAGGAGAUGAUCGAUAAAUUCGAACGGGUACGCCGGAACUAACAAGUGAUCAUUCAGCUUCCAAGUGAUUCGAACCAAGUAACUACGUAAAAACUACAAAAUGCCGGGACCAGGCUGCGACAAGUGCUCUGAUAAAUGCCAACAAUGUCAAUGUGGCGACAAAUGCAAGUGCUGCGACUCCUCAUGUGGAGACAAAUGCGCUUGUAAAUCUGGCGGACAGUGUAGUUGUAAGCCCUGUAAAUGUUAAAAUUCAGACAGGACGCUAAUAAAUUGAUCAACACCGAGAAUGGAUGUUGCAAUUUUAGAUGUCAUCAUCAGCUUAUGCUUCCCCUACUAUUAUUAUCAUUAAUAUUGCAAAAUUUUAUCGCAAAGAAUAAACAAUAAUACAUAUUAUAUAGGCAGUCAUUAUGUCACUUAAUAAAAGUAUUAAAAGUUA